AUAAGAACUUGUUUGACAGUUAACAAUACCUGUCAUUAGUCUGCUGCUCUACAAUUUUCAAAUUACAAUUUGCAUUUGCAUUGAUUGUCCUAUUUCGCCGCGUGCUUCUCCUGUUACGAGAAAUUGAUUGAAUUUUUAUUGUCACAAAAUGGCCAUCCACAUCAAAGAUUCCGACGACCUGAAGACCAGGCUCACUGAGGCUGGAGAAAAGCUGGUGGUGAUCGACUUCAUGGCCACCUGGUGCGGACCUUGCAAGGUCAUUGGCCCUAAACUAGAGGAGAUUGCCAACGAGAUGGCCGAUUCACUUGUUGUUCUGAAGGUGGACGUUGACGAAUGUGAGGAUAUCGCCACAGAGUACAACAUCAACUCUAUGCCCACCUUUGUUUUCGUGAAGAGUUCCAAGAAGCUUGACGAGUUCUCCGGCGCCAACGCCGACAAACUAAGAAACACCAUUCUUAAGCUUAAGUAAAAAAAUGCCGACCAAAUGCCCCGGGCGGGCGAAAUUUCUUAAAAAAUAAUAUAUUUUUUGUUACCACACAAUUUGGCAUUUAUGCUUCAAAAGAUUUAGUAUUUAUACGCAUUUACGAAACCCCAUAACAUCACAAAGUGUCUUAAAUGUUUUGCACAAGAGCCAUUGCGUUUGUCGAAUUUUUCAUUAAUUACGUUAAAGUAUUGUUACUUCAAUAAAUAUAUUUAAAUUUG